CCCCCCCCCCCCCCUUUGCAGGCGGAGGGUUGCCGCCGGUCGGAGGCGGAGCUAAGCAGCAAUGUUCAGUUUCGGGCGGGGAUCACUCAGAAUGGGGAGGAGACGUACACGCCGCGCCUCAUCAUCCUGGAUAUAAAAGAUGGCGGGGGCUCGGUCCGGACGCAGGGGGCGGGGUAUGAGGAGAAGGAGGAAGUGGCACAAGCCACCCCCGCCUGGAGAGGAAAACUGACGACACACAGAGAGGAGCAGUGCAGUGCUGGGCCAGCUACACAGGAGGGCGGAGCUCCGAAAGGGGGAGGCGGCAGAGAGAAGGGUCUGGCAGGGGGAGGAGCCACUCUGGACAUCAGGGAGGAGCCUCAUCAGCCAAUCGCACAGGAUGGGGUGUGGUCUGACUUCCUUUGCACUCAGCUCCACCCCAAGUCCCUGUGUAUGCUGAGUGGCGGGAACAUGGGCAGCCUGGAAUCGUUCAGCCAAGGCGAGUCGCUCCUCAGGGGUGUGUCUCAUCAGGAGGAGGUGGAGGACCGGCUGCGUUUCUUCUCAGAGGAGUGCGACUACCUGCAGGGAUUCCACAUUCUCUGCGACACGCACAACGGCUUCUCCGGGGCCGGAGCCAAGAUGGCGGAGCUGCUACACGACGAGUACCCCGGGCGCGGCAUCCUCAGCUUCGGAACAAGUCCAGUACUGUCAGAGCAUAGGGACCCGCACACCAGUACCUACCAGCUGAUGAACUGUGUGAUGUCCCUGGUGGCCCUGACCAGUCAUAGCUCCGCCCUCUGUCCACUGACCCUGAACUCCAGUUUGGGGCGGAGACCCGGAGCCCCCGCAGACUUCCCCCACCUGAUCUACAAUGCCGGUUGGCGGUAUCACAGCAGUGCGGUUCUGGCGGCGGCUCUGGACACUCUCACCGCUCCGUACCGACUCCCCUCCUCCACCCUCUCUAUGUCACACCUACUGGACACUCUGAGCUUCAGCGGAAGGAAGGUACUGACUGCGUCUUGCUCCCUCCCGUUCCCGAUUGGCUCCUCCUCCUUCCUCCCGGACGCUCUCCUUCCUCACAUGACCUCUCCUCCGUGGCGCUCUCUGUCGGCAUGCGCGGACGGCGCUCCGCUCUUCUCCCAGUCGGUGGUGCUGCGAGGAAUCCCUACACGGCAGCAGAUCAGGUCCCUUCCUGCCGGGACUCGGCCGCCAUCAUCUCUCCACGCAUGUGCCAGCGGAGAGGAGGUCCUCCAAUGUUACCUGUCCGCCACCUGCCCCCGCACACUCAGCGUCUCCCACCUCCUGGGGGCCCCCUGCACGUUGGGCCCCACAUUCCCGCAGUUCUUCUCCCGAUAUAUCAACAAAUAUGGCGGCACGGAGGAGGAGCCUCUGACAGAUUCCACAGUUGUAGGCGGAGUUCCUGUCAUGGCCGCCCUGCGCUCCUCCAGCGCCCUCCAGCUCAGUCUUCGCUCGUUGUGUGAUGAGGUCACCAAGAUGGACGUCAGACGUUCGGCCAAUUUCUCUACCGCCGGCAUAGAAGAGGAGGAAUUGAAGGAAGCCGUCAAUGAGCUGCGCAGCCUCGCUCGGUGCUACCAGAUGCACGAAGGUGAGGACAGCGAUGACUGACGCCUGGAGUGCGACCCGCCAUCACCAGAGCGCGACCCCGCCAUCACCAGAGCGCGACCCCGCCAUCAACGGAGCGCGACCCGCCAUCAACAGAGCGCGACUCCGCCAUCAACAAAGCGCAACCUACAACCAGAAACUCACCAUAGCAAAUAAAAUAGUCUAAGAACAAUCAA